AUGCUUUGCUGGCUCGCGAGAGAGCCGAUGCAAGAUGAGAGACUGACAAUGGCCACAAUUGGCGUAAACGUCUACGAGGACGUCUUUUCUUGUUUCAUCUACCAUCCAAGCCGAUUCCUCGAACGAUCUGGGACACGAUCAGAAGGACAACUGCAAAAUGUGACCAUGUGCCUGGAACGAUGUAUAGAGGCGAGCACACUGUACGGGUUCGUCUGCCGAUCGCUUAUGUGGAAGAAGGACAUCAACUUAUGUAUACUCUCUAUUUAUGACCGUACUCAAAAGGCUGACCGGUUUCGUACAGCCCUUAAAAGUGACAUUGAUCUCUAUGAAAACACCUGCGUUGAUUCAAAUGUUUUCAAGAGAAUAGCGUUCAAGACUCCGUCUUCGAAUUUGUGUCAUCUAUCGCGCAAACGUGAGAAACCACUUGAGGCAUCUGUGGACUGA